UUACGUCAUAGAAGCUAACGCUAGCAAGUGCUUUAAAAUGCUAAAUGCUAAAUAUCGCUGCAGCAAAAAAAUAAAAUAAAUAAAAUAACGUCUUUGUUUGUGAAGGAGCGACCGAUGGCGGCGGCAGCGGAUGGAAUGUGUGCGAGGUUUGAAAGAAGGAGAGCGUCGAAGGAGGAGGAACUUUCUCGAACAAAUGUCCAGCAGCUAAUUGGUCAUCGAGGACCACAUCCCCUUCAGCCAAAAGGGCGGAGCUCCACUUGGAAGCAGGAAGAUCCACAGCCCCCGCACAUUAAAGCUGAAGAAGAGAGAGAAUUUCUUCUAGAGUCAGAAGAGGAGGAGCUUACCAAGUUGCCACCGACUGGUUUCUCUGUGAAGCCUGAAGACAAACCAUCUGAGUGCCCACGUUGGUUGUGUCCUGCAGACCUUCAGCCACUGACUGGUGGUCCAGAACAACCUCGGGGGCGGGGCUCCUCCUUGGAACAGGAGGAUCCACAGCCACUCCACAUUAAAGAGGAAGAGGAGGAGAUGUGGAUCUCUCAGGAGGAGGCGCAUCUCACCAAGUUGCCUCUGACUGUGAAGACUGAAGAGCGUGAAGACGAACCACCUGAGUCCUCACAGCUUCACCAAGGUCCAGGUGAGGAGAAGAAGGGGGCGGAGCCUCCGGGCAGCAGCUCACAGCAACACCGCAUGGCGACAGAAGCUGAUGGAGGAUCACAAGCAGACUUCUUCUUAGCUCCACUGUCAGACGCCGAGGCUGAAGAUGAGGAAGGCGCCCACGAAGCUUUGAGCAGCGAUACAGACUGUGGAGACGAUUUGAAACAUUCCGAAUGCUCUGAAAAGAAUCCGGGUGAGGAACAUUGGAACUGCUCAGUUUGUGCUAAAAGAUUUACUCUGAAAAGGAAUCUGACUCGACACAUGUGGACACACUCGGGAGAAAAACCCUUCAGUUGUUCAGUUUGUGGUCAGACAUUCCGCCAUAAGGUGGGAAUGAUAUCACACAUGAGGACACACUCGGGAGAAAAACCCUUUGGUUGUUCAGUUUGCGCUCAAAGAUUCGCUCAGAAGUCCAACAUGAUGUCGCACAUGAGGACGCACACAGGAGAGAAACUGUUCAGUUGCUCCGUGUGCGCCGACACUUUCGCUCGCAGGUCCAAUCUGAAGCAACACAUGAGGAGACACACGGGAGAAAAACCUUACGGGUGUUCAUUUUGCGGCCAGAGAUUUGUCCAAAGGUCAAAUCUGGCCGCUCACAUGAGAAAACACACGGGAGAAAAAAGCUUCCGGUGCUCAGUUUGCGGUAAAAGAUUCGGUGAAAAAGUGGACAUGGUGUCGCACAGGAGGACACACGCGGGGGAAAAGUCCUUCUGCUGUCCGGUUUGUGGCAAAAUCUUUUCUUACAAGCACUACUUGAAUCAGCACAUGUGGAAACACACGGGAGAGAAAUCCUUUUCCUGUUCACUUUGCGAUCAAAGAUUCGCCCACAAGUCCAAUAUGUUGUCGCACAUGAAAACGCACUCGGGGGAAAAACCUUUCAGCUGCUCGGUUUGCGGCGACAAGUUCACCCGGAAGUCCAAUCUGGAGCGGCACAUGAGGACGCACACCGGGGAGAAACCUUUCAGCUGUUCAGUUUGCGCCAAAAGGUUCGCGCAGAAAGUAGACCUGGUGUCGCACGUGAGGACGCACACGGGAGAGAAACCCCUCAGAUGCUCCGUCUGCGGUAAAAGAUUCACUGACAACACAGUUAUGGAGUCACACAUGCAAACGCACACGGGAGAAAAACCUUUUCAUUGCUCGGCCUGUAAUAAAAGUUAUUUACAUAAGAAAAGUUUGACGGCACACAUGCGGACACACGACAAAGGUUUGCUGUCCAGUUUGGGCAAAAAUAUCAUCGUAUCAUAAAAGUAAGACGUCAGCUAGCAAGUGAUGACCCACUCUGGUAUUACCGUAUUUUCCGCACCAUAAGGCGCCCUGGGUUAUAAGCCGCGCCUUCAAUGAACGGCAUAUUUCAAAACUUUGUCCACCUAUAAGCCGCCCCGUGUUGUAAGCCGCAUCUAACUGCGCUAAAGGAAUGUCAAAAAAACAGUCAAAUAGUUCAGUCAAACUUUAAUAAUAUAUUUAAAACCAGCGUGAUGUGGGCGCGCAUGGAAUCGUAUAUCAACAUGGACGAAGCUGCGUGAAAAAAGCCACCCGGCCUCUUCGCGUAAACUUAAACUUACCUUAACCACUCGCUCAUCUUUUCUUCAUCCAUCCCUUCGAGUUAGCUUUUAUGAUGACGCCGGCUGGAAAGGUCUCUUUUGGCAAGGUCUUCCUUUUGAAUAUCACCAUGGGUGGAAGUUUCUGGCCAUUAGCAUGGCAAGCUAGAACCACAGUGAAGGAUGACUUCUCAUUCCCUGUGGUGCGAAUAUUCACCGUACGUGCUCCCGUUGUAUCCACAGUGCGGUUCACAGGAUUAUCAAAAGUCAGUGGAACCUCGUCCAUGUUGAUAAUGUUCUCUGGCCGGAUCUUUUUUUCAGCUAUCUUGUUUUUACAAUAUGCACGGAAAGUAGCCAGCUUUUCUUGAAAGUCUUUAGGCAGUUUCUGUGAAAUAGUAGUCCGUGUGCGGAUGGAGAGAUUGCGUCUUUUCAUGAACCGGAUCCCUGUCGCUUAGUAGGAGCCAUUUUGUGGU